CGCGUCGCGAAAUUCAGCUACACCAAUCAUCCUUCCCCAAAACUCCCCCUCUUUUUCAGUCAAGCAGGAUAAAAAGAAAUUACUCUUUAACACCAUUCUUGCAUUUAUGAAUUGAAUAAAAAUGUUGAAGCUUCCGAUUAGGCAGCUAGCAGGGCGUUUCCCGCAAAUUCGUAGAAGCAUUUUGGGAUGUCGAUUUGCUACCACCGAUAGCUCAAAGCCAGCAGAAUCAGAAGCAUCUUUACAAAGUCAACUUAGUGAAAAUGAUAUGAAAAGAUUGAACCAGAUUCGCAACAUUGGUAUUUCUGCUCAUAUUGACUCAGGAAAGACGACGUUUACUGAGCGCGUCCUGUAUUAUACUGGGCGAAUUAAAGACAUACACGAAGUUCGCGGCAAAGAUAAUGUCGGUGCUAAAAUGGAUUCGAUGGAGUUGGAACGUGAAAAGGGUAUUACUAUUCAAUCCGCCGCUACUCACUGUACUUGGAGUCGGACCCUCGACCAAAUACAGAGUGAGAAACAAGAAAAUAGUGUUCCCAAAGAGUUUAACGUUAAUAUCAUUGAUACCCCCGGCCAUAUUGAUUUUACCAUUGAAGUGGAACGUGCAUUGCGUGUUUUGGACGGUGCUGUACUUGUUCUCUGUGCUGUUUCCGGUGUUCAAUCCCAAACAAUUACUGUGGAUCGACAAAUGAGAAGAUAUAAUGUGCCUCGUGUUUCAUUCAUCAACAAGAUGGACCGAAUGGGUGCAGAUCCUUGGAAGGUAAUUCAACAAAUCAAUACAAAGUUGAAAAUUCCUGCUGCUGCAGUACAAAUCCCCAUCGGUAGUGAAAGUGAAAUGAAAGGUGUUGUGGAUCUUAUUCACAUGCGCGCUAUUUACAAUCAUGGUGAAAAAGGUGAAAAGGUUGAAUUUACUGAUACUAUACCCGAAGAUUUGCAAGGGCUUGCUCAAGAAAAACGGUCUUCUUUAAUUGAAAUGUUGGCUGAUUUGGAUGAACAGGUCGCAGACAUGUAUGUAAUGGAAGAAACACCAUCUUCGGAGCAAUUGAUGCAGGCCAUUAGAAGAGUAACCCUUGCUCGCAAGUUUACUCCUGUUUUAAUGGGAUCGGCUUUGUCUAACAUUGGCGUCCAGCCAGUGUUGGAUGCUGUUUGUGACUACUUACCUGCUCCCUAUGAAGUAGAAAAUGUUGCAUUAAAUGCAGCUGAAUCGGAAAAACCUGUUACCCUGGUUCCAAAUAACACAAAGCCACUCGUCGCCCUGGCAUUUAAACUUGAAGAGGGACGCUUUGGUCAAUUGACCUAUUUACGUGUUUAUCAAGGUUCCUUAAAACGUGGUGGUUAUGUGUACAACGUAAACUCAACCAAAAGAAUCAAAGUCUCUCGUUUAGUUCGCAUGCAUUCAAACGAUAUGGAAGAAGUUGAAGAAACUGGUGCUGGUGGAAUCUGCGCCAUGUUCGGCAUUGAUUGUGCUUCUGGAGAUACAUUCACUGAUGGUUCCGUUCAUUAUACCAUGUCUUCCAUGUUCGUUCCUGAACCGGUUAUUUCGUUGUCUUUAAAACCCAAGAGUAAAGAUACCUCCAACUUUUCAAAAGCUCUGAAUCGUUUCCAACGUGAGGAUCCAACUUUUAGAGUUAAACUUGAUCAAGAGUCGAAAGAAACAAUCAUUAGCGGAAUGGGUGAACUACAUCUAGAAGUAUACGUAGAGAGAAUGCGUCGCGAAUACAAGGUAGAAUGCGAUACAGGAAAGCCACGAGUCGCUUUCCGUGAAAGCUUAACCAAAAAGGUCCCGUUCAGUUAUCUGCACAAAAAGCAAUCUGGUGGUGCAGGUCAGUAUGCCAAAGUGGAGGGAUAUAUUGAAUAUAUGGAUGCUAAGGAAGAUGAGGGUGGUAAUGUGGUCGACUAUGAAUUCAUUAAUAAAGUUACCGGUGGUGCGGUCCCCUCUCAAUAUAUUCCAGCUUGUGAAAAGGCAUUUCGGGAAAGUCUUGAAAAGGGUUUUUUGAUUGGACAUCCCAUAAAAAAUUGUCGAUUUGUUUUAGAAGAUGGUGCAUACCAUCCGGUCGAUUCUUCUGAGCUUGCUUUCCGUAUGGCAACAAUAACGGCAUUCCGUGGUGCAUUCUUGCAAGCAGAUCCAAUCAUUUUAGAGCCGAUAAUGAACGUUAGCAUUACUGCUCCUGUUGAACAUCAAGGUGCUGUUAUUGGCAACGUCGAUAAAAGGAAAGGAACCAUUGUUGACAGUGAUAUUGGAGAAGAGGAAUUUAGUUUGUUGGCUGAGGUUCCAUUAAACAACAUGUUUUCUUAUUCCUCUGAUAUUCGUGCAUUGACCAAAGGAAAAGGUGAGUUUACUAUGGAAUUUUUGAAAUACUUGCCUGCACCAAGAUAUGUUCAAAAGGAUUUAAUCUCUGAAUACAAUAAACAGCAGCAAAAGUGAAUUUAAGUGUUUGUUGUUGAGCUUUCUUUUUAAUAUAAAAUUACAUCAAAUAGGUUUUGAUCAUCGCAUACCAAAAUUAUAUAAUUUCAUUCUUCAUUUGAUAAUUGAUCUUCUCUAGUGUGAAUAAUAUAAAUUUUGCAAUUUUGACUGGAAU